AUGGAUAUGAAGAUUCUGGUUCCUUUGCUCCAGACAGUGGACAGUGCUUUUCCGACUGGCGGCUUCUCCCACAGUCUGGGACUUGAGGCAUUCAUUCAACACACUGGCACUUGGAGAUGUGCCAAAAACCUUGGGAUUCUGAAACACGCAUUUGUCUGCAUACUGGAAAAUUCAGGAUCUCUAAGUCUUCCAUUUGUGAGAGCAGCUCACAGUGCCAUAGUUAACAGGAAUGUUAUAAAAAGUGAGCAGACGGAACACCAUACUUUGGUCCAGCUGGACAAAAUAUGUGAGGCCUACACCACAAACCACAUCGCCAGGAGAGCCAGCACCAGACAAGGUAAAUCAUUCCUUGAAGUGGCAUGCUUCACCUACAGCUACCUGGCUCAACAGCUCAGUUCUGCUAUAGUAGACUUGCCACAUUGUCAUUUGCCAGUUGUGUAUGGAGCUAUUUUGGCCGGACUUGGUGUGGAUGAGAAUACUACCCUGGCCACCUUCAUGUACUGUGUGGUGAGGUCGAUGAUUGCAACGGCUGUGAGGCUGGAUGUACUUGGUGCCAUGGAGGGUCAGAAAGUUCAGUUCAACCUCCAGCAACUGAUCCCAGAAAUCCUGGACAGAAAUAGAACAAGGUCAGUGGAAAACGCCUGCAUGAAAUUUCCAGUCAUCGAUGUUCUACAGAACACCCAGGAUACUUUGUUCUCUAAAUUAUUCUACUCAUGA